GCUUUAGGCUGUUGUGGGAUUUAGCUAGCUUGUAGAUAAACUUUUGUUAUUUUAUCCAAAUGGAGCAUGGUUCCUGUGGGAAGAGAGAUGAAGAAAAUUCUUUAAAGCAAGAUGUUGUUAUCUGGCUGCAGAAUAAAUAUCACAGUUUAUUACACAGAUUCCGUCAGUGUGUCCCAGCCAACUCUGCAGGAGAAACAAAGCAAUUGUGUUGCUUAGCAGCUCCAUUGAUUUUAGCACAAUUCCUAUGUUUUUUAAUCAACGUUGUCAGUGCCAUAUUCUGCGGUCAUCUUGGAAAGGUGGAACUAGACGCUGUCACACUGGCCAAUGCAGUAAUCGCAGUGACUGGGCUUUCUGUUGGACUUGGACUCUCUUCAGCUUGUGACACUCUUAUUUCCCAGAUAUUUGGAGGUAAAAACCUGAAGCUCAUUGGUAUCAUCCUCCAACGUGGCAUCCUUAUUUUGUUUCUGGCAUGCUUCCCAUGCUGGGCUCUUUUCAUAAACACUGAAAAUAUUCUGCUUCUCUUCAAACAAGACCCAAAAGUAGCUAGAAUGGCUGAAGACUAUGUUCUUGUGUUCAUUCCUGGCCUUCCAGCUGCAUUCUUGUAUCAACUUGAGGUGCGAUAUUUGCAAAAUCAGGGGAUAGUCUACGUGCAGAUUAUAGUCAGCUUUGUAUCAAAUAUCAUCAACUGCAUUGUAAACUAUGUCUUCCUGUUUGUGCUGAGACUUGGAGUCAUAGGAUCUGCUUGGGCAAACACCAUUGCUCAGUUUUCACAGUGCCUGCUAAUAUUCCUUUAUAUUCGGGUGAAGCGGCUCCAUGUGAAUACUUGGGGAGGUUGGUCCAUUGAAUGCCUACAAGACUGGAGUUCCUUUAUUUCCCUGGCUAUACCAAGUAUGUUGAUGGUGUGCAUUGAGUGGUGGACCUAUGAAAUUGGCAACUUAAUGUCAGGUCUCCUAGGUGUGGUGGAGCUUGGAGCCCAGUCUGUUAUAUAUCAGGUGGUAACCACUGCAUACAUGAUCCCCUUUGGAAUAGGUAUGGCGACCAGUGUGCGAGUGGGAAAUGCACUUGGUGCAGGAAAUAUUGAACAAGCAAAGACAUCAACAACAGUUGCCUUCCUUGUCACAGCUGCUGUCAUCUUUGUAGACAUACUUAUGCUGGCCUCUUUCAAGAAUCAGUUUGCAUACAUAUUUACCAAUGAUCGACAGAUCUCUGCUCUUGUUGCUCAAGUCAUCCCUAUAUAUAUUGCAUUCCAUCUCUUUGAAUCCAUUUCAUGUGUCGCAGGGGGCAUUCUAAGAGGAACAGGCAGGCAAAAGAUUGGUGCCAUAAUCAACAUGGUUGGCUAUUAUUUGAUUGGACUACCACUUGCUGCUGCCCUGAUGUUUGCAGUCAAUAUUGGCAUAAAGGGUCUUUGGAGCGGAAUGGCCAUUUGUGGGAUUUUUUUGGUUGCAUUCUUUACUAUUUAUCUUUCAAGGUUGAACUGGCAGAAUGUCUGUGUAGAGGCACAAAAAAGGGUAGGAAUCACAGAAAAGGAAGCUGCAUCUUCAGACAUACAAAUCAUAUCAGAUGAUAUCAGAUUAUCAGACUACAGCAAUAGUCAGAAAUCUCAGGUGACUUUACAAGAAGAACCAGCUGCUUAUGGAAAAGCUCUACAAAUAAAUAAGCUCAUAGUGCGCCGUGGGCUUGCCUUGACAGCGAGUAUUGCUGUGUUACUGCUGGGAGUUGUGAUAAAGCUCUGGGUAGCCAUAGUAUAGUAAACCAUUCGUAAACACGU